AUGUACAAGUCUCGUGGUGCGGCUAGGGACCCAGAAUUGAAUUCUUUCCUUUCUAGGGUAGAACAAUUGGAUUCGGAGAGGAUUAAGAAGAAACCUUCUGUUAAACCGAAACCAAAGAAUUUGAAAUAUAACGAUGAUGAUUAUGAAAAAGCGGAAGAUUUGUUGAGGGGUUCAUACAAGAGUAAUUCACAGUACGAUACAGAGACAGAUAGGCCAGUAUCUAGUCUAGCUUAUAAGUCGGCAUACAACUACGAUAAGACUUUUUCACCAAAGAAGAAUGGUGAUUCAAGCGUUUCGGCUCGUGACCGAGAUGACAACAAUGGUCAUUAUGAAAAUUUGGGAAACGGUACUCGUAGGAUCUCAAAGUUCGACGAUGUUUAUAGGGACAGAGAGCACUCACAGGGUGAGUUUGUGGUGUCAAAAGAGGACUAUGAGAUGCUGAUGAGUAUGAAAGGCGGUCAAUCUGUCUCGAGACCUGAUAAUUUUCCUUCGAGAGGUUCUGCCCGUAAUUUGUCUGGAAAUGAAGAAGAUUUCGAUGUCAGGGUCCAAAAAAAUUCCGGAAAAAACCCGAAACCAAAACCGAAACCAAAACCAAACCCUAAAGUGAUUAACGGAACUCUGAAUGAGCCUGAACGUCCUGGACGUUACCGCGGCUAUGAUCGUCACUCGGACGUGGACAUCAGCGACGAUGAUGGCACUGAAUUCAAUGGUAACAAACCGUUGUCAGUGAGAAUUGGAGGUGACUCCGAUAAAAAGAAAAAGAAGAGUGCAAAGAAUGGGAAGGUCAAAAAAUCGUUUGAAGAUGAAUCCGAUGACGAGAUCGAUUUAAACGAAUCCGGACCUGUCUUCUCUUCCAGGAAUUUCAAGGAUCACGAUGAUAUCGCCGAAACGGUUGCUGCACAAAGAAAGGCGAAAAAGGCAGUUCCGCCUCCACCAAAGAAAAGAAAUUCUAGCAAGGACUCUAGCAAGGACUCUAGCAAGGCUUCUACCGCCAAGUACAACAUCAUCGACACUGAUCCAGUGGACGAAUUCUCCGAGGUUUUCCAAAAAAUUAGAUUGUCUCAGGGUACCACCGACGAAGAGUCCAAAUGCAACGGUAAAAAGAACGGUAAAGUUGCACCAAAGAAACCUGCAAAAAAAUCUGAACUUAGAAACCCUAAAGUGAGAUCAUCAAGACCUUCGUUACCAUCUGAUGACGAUGCUUACAACAGCAAUGAUGAUGACGAUGACGAAUAUGACGAACAAAACGAAUUUUUCGCUGUAAGAAAAUCGCUACGUAAGACCCACACAGCACCAUCUCGUCGUGAUAUCACUCCAGAAGCAGUUAAAGCCAAGUCUAAACUGAACAAACCUCCUUCUUCUAUCAGUUCUGUAGAAGAAAUACCUGAAGCGAUGGCAAAGAGGCAAGCUCUUUUGAGAUCCUCAACGGAAUCGGAAAUUGAAAAGAAAUCCUCUUCAUCAUUAAAGAGCCUACAAAAGCAUGGCUCAAAGUUCCAAAAGCAACUGAUUAAAACAAUCAACAGUAGUCAGGCCUCUCUAUCGGCAUUGGCGUCGUCAACUGCAUCAUCUGCAAACUCAUCAUCUGACGCAUUGAAUGCGAAGACAAAGAAAAUGCUAACAAAGGUACGUUCUAAGGGUCCAAAACGUAAGCUCCCAACAGACGUCACUAAAUUGUAA